AAAUGAAUGCAAAGCUUUUUUUUUUUGCGAUGGUGCACGCACCAUCGCAUCGGUUUGUUUUUUGUGUUCAAUCAAUAUAGAGUGCAGAAUCUCAGCUGAAAGAACAUCGAGUUACUUUCUUCGAGGGGCAUUUGCUGGGUUUUUUUCUUAUGUUUUAGCUUUCUAUUGCGGAGAAGUCCUCUGUGUUUUGGUCGUGAGUGUUGCAUACAUACGAAAUGCAAAAAGCAGUGACCCCACUUUCACACUGUGCGCAUUCCUGCCCUUUUUAGUUUUGUUUCGUAGAAGAACGACCUGUAUAAUUGUACAUGUGUAAUUUAUUGUUGGAAAACGAAAUGACGACGUGACGCGCGUCUUCCACCUGCAAGUACAAAAGUAAACAUCUUCUUCGGCGGUGAAGGGCAGCGAGACACUUGUAUAAUUGACGCCG